UUCGCUGCAUGUUCUUCCUCAAAUUCCGGAAUAGCAUUACAUAACAAAAACUCGCUGUUCGUAGAUAUUAAUUUAUUUACCACAAAAAUGGUAAAUACCAUAUAAUAACCAUCCAGUAACACGCCAUUGGGAGAACUUGGCGAUGGAGUAAUUCAAGCUAUAUGCACACCUAGCCUGUAAAUUGACUAGAAAGCGAGUGCCGAUUCUUUAUUUUAAUUCGACGUAAAAGGACCGACGGGCGGGUUUGAUCCAUAGAAAGUUCAGUGGUUUGAUCUGUUCCUUGGUUGAAAACCGUUAUAUAGCGGUCACAAUGGCGUCUAUACUUGAUGGGUAUGAGGACUCGCAGAGCACUGCUCAGCGACACACCCGCCUAUCUGCCUGUAAUAUUGGGAUUACUCACUCAGGAUUCGUAAAUGUAAGACUGGAAGAAGAAAAGCCAAUAUUCAACAAGCAAAGGAUCGAUUUCUCGCCUCCUGAAAAAAUAAACCACUUUGCCGUCUGCAACAGUCAACUGUGCAUGUGUUUGGGGAAGGACACGGUAUUCAGGAUAGAUCUAGGAAAGCCUGAUCAACCAAAUCAAAUUGAACUUGGUCGGAAAGAUGACAGUCGAGUACACAAGCUGUUCCUUGAUCCUACAGGAUCUCAUUUGGUGAUUUGUUUGAGCACAAAUGAGUGUCUCUACCUGAACAGGAACACACAGAAAGUGCGAGGCUUGUCUCGAUGGAAGAGCCACCUGAUUGAGAGCGUGGGCUGGAACAAGCUGCUGGGUACAGAGGCUAACACCGGCCCUAUCCUGGUGGGCACCAGCCAGGGGCUUAUUUUUGAGGCAGAGAUUUCCACCUCGGAGGGCAGCAUUUUCAACAACAACCCCGACCAGUACUUCAGGCAGGUGCAUGCGCUGGAGGAAGAUGGCAAGCCAGCACCUGUCUGCUGUCUGGAGGUUGAGCGUGGAAUGGAGUCCAAGUACUUCAUCAUUGCCACCACGCGCAAACGCCUGUUUCAGUUUGUGGGGAAGAUUCCGGAAGGCUCAGAGCAGCAGGGUUUUAGCUCCAUCUUCAGCCAGAACCAGGACCUCCUUCCCAGCUUCCAGGAGUUCCCUGUCAACAUGGGCUACAGUGAGAUUGCCUUCUACACCUCCAAGCUACGCUCCAGCCCCAAGGCCUUUGCUUGGAUGAUGGGUAAUGGUGUCCUUUAUGGCCAGCUGGACUACGUCCGCCCCGAUUCACUCCUCAGCAAUGUGCAGGUCUGGGAGUACACAGAGGAUAUUGACUUCAGCUUUAAUAAACCGAUAUCCAUAGUUUUGACACAGUUCCAUUUUCUGAUCCUGUUGCCAGACCGGGUCAAAGCAGUGUGUACCUUGAAUGGUCAGGUGGUCUAUGAAGACAUGUUCCCAGAAAAAUAUGGUCCCCUGAAGAAGAUGGUCAAAGAUCCCAUUGGUGGUCUGGUGUGGAUCUACACAGAGAAGGCAGUCUUCCGGUAUCACAUCCAACGGGAGUCCCGGGAUGUAUGGCAGAUGUACAUGAGCAUGAACAAGUUUGAUCUCGCUAAAGAGUACUGCCGGGACCGUCCAGAAUGCAUGGACAUCGUACUGGCUAUGGAAGCUGAGCACUGCUUCCAGAACAAGAAGUACUUGGAGAGUGCAAAAUGCUAUGCCCUCACCCAGAACUACUUUGAGGAGAUUGCUCUCAAGUUUAUCGAGGCAAAACAGGAGGAAGCCCUGAAAGAAUUUCUCCUGAAGAAGCUGAGUAGCCUCAAGCCCAGCGAGAAGACUCAGACUACCCUGCUGGUCACUUGGCUAGCCGAGCUGUAUCUCAACCGUUUGGGCCUCCUCGAGGUCGACUACUCAAAGUACUCCCUCUUUCAGGAAACUCGUGAGGAGUUCCGCUACUUUCUCAGCAGCUCCAAGCACAAGGAGUGCCUCUUCAACAACCGCAGCACCGUCUACGAUCUGCUGGCUAGCCACGGAAAUGUGGAGGACAUGGUCUACUUCGCUGUCAUCAUGCAAGACUACGAAAGGGUCAUCUCCCACCACUGCCAGCAUGAUGACUUUGGCGCCGCCCUGGAGGUUCUCUCCAAGCACUGCGACGAGAAGCUGUUCUACAAAUUCUCCCCGGUUCUCAUGCAGCACAUUCCCAAGAAAGUUGUCGAUGCCUGGAUCCAAAUGGGGAACAAGCUAGAUGCCAAAAAACUCAUUCCGGCCCUGGUGAACUACAGCCAGGUUGGCAGCACCCAGCAGAUAAAUGAGACGAUCCGGUAUAUGGAGUUUUGUGUGUAUGAGUUGGCUGUGAAGGAGGAGGCUAUUCACAAUUAUCUACUGUCGCUCUAUGCGAAAUGCAAGCCAGAUUCCCUGCUGUGGUACCUGGAGCAAGCAGGAACACAUUCCUCAGACAUCCACUAUGACCUGAAGUAUGCUCUGAGGCUCUGUGCUGAACAUGGCCAUCGUCAAGCCUGUGUCCUUGUCUACAAGAUAAUGGAGCUCUAUGAGGAAGCAGUGGAUCUGGCACUACAAGUAGAUGUUGACCUGGCCAAGUCCUGCGCGGACCUACCUGAAGACGACGAGGAGUUGCGCAAGAAGCUGUGGCUCAAGAUUGCCCGUCACGUGGUGCAGGAGGAAAAGGACGUAAAGAAGGCCAUGAACUGCCUCUCUAGCUGCAACCUGCUGAAGAUCGAAGACAUCCUGCCCUUCUUCCCAGACUUUGUCACCAUUGACCACUUUAAGGAGGCUAUCUGCGGCUCCCUGGAGGAGUACAACAAGCACAUCGAGGAGCUGAAGCAGGAGAUGGAGGAGGCCACGGAGAGCGCCAAGCGCAUCCGGGAGGACAUCCAGGAGAUGAGGAACAAAUACGGGGUGGUGGAGUCCCAGGAGAAAUGCGCUGCAUGUGACUUCCCUCUGCUCAAUCGCCCUUUCUACCUCUUCCUGUGCGGACACAUGUUCCACUACGACUGCUUGUUCCAGGAAGUCAGCCCUCACCUGUCCACCUACAAACAGGCCAAGCUGGAGGAGCUGCAGAAGAAGCUGGCAGCUGCCAGUCAGCCCACCAAGGCCCGGCACCGGCUGAAGGAGGAUGAGGCUGUAAACCUAGGCAAGGGUCAGCUGAGCCGUGAACAGAUCAAAUCGGACAUUGACGAUAUUGUUGCCGGAGAGUGUGUUUACUGUGGGGACCUGAUGAUUAAGUCCAUUGACAAGCCCUUCAUCGACCCACAAAAGUAUGAAGAGGAAAAGUCCAGCUGGCUAUAAUUUAGAUCUGUGUGACAUUACUGUGGUGAGCUUUAAAUUGGCAUGCAAAGUAUAGCUGGUCCCUGAAAAUGGGGUGUGUGCCAUUAAGUAACAAUCAGACAUCUAUAGCAUGAUUUCAGUGAUGGUUGCCCUCCAUUUUUGUGGACUAGGUUUGAUUUUGAGAUAUCCAUAUGCAUACUGAUUGAUGUCUGCAGCUGUCCAACUUAGAAAGAGUGUACAAGCUAGAAUUCAGGAUGCAGUUAGUUUAGUAGUUAAAACAUAUAUGACAGGACUGAUGGUGGUUCCCCUAUUUCCAAGGAACAGAUUUACAUUUCAGACAAUAACCAGAAACUGUCCUUAAUCAUUUUUAUCUGUAUAGCGAUGUAUUAGUGUAUGAUUUGUGCCUACUGUCUGUCUUCUUGUUCAGUCACUGAUGAUGAAUGCACUACCAAAACACAGGUUUGGCAAGGCUUCAAAAUGGCGUCUAUUCCUAAGUGUUGCUAGUACAACAGUACUUUUGCUAGCUCGGUUGGUGUUACAGAUUCAAAUACAAUACAAUAGUAUACAAAUAGAAAUGCAAAGACCAGAAAAUAUGAAGCAUUUUCUGAAACUUUCAGAAACUUUCAGUGCUCAAGUUCAGCCUCCUGAAUAAAGUGACACCUUUUUUCAUUAGCUAAGCAGUCAGCUCAUUGUACCAUGUCACUUAAGUCAUUAUCUAACUUGAAACGUCUAGUAUGCACUUGGUCAGAUAUGUAAGUUAAUGUUUUUUCACAACUAAGUGGCACUACCAAACAUUGUUCUUACAUUGCUUCAAGUGGGACUGCACCACAACCAUAGUUUAAAUUGGUUAAACAUAACUUUAAAAAUGUAAAUGACAGUUUAUUGCAUUUUCUGUUAAUGCUAAAUGUGUCUUUUCUACCUUUAUGAUGCAAUGUAUACGCAAGUUGAUUUUAUUGUAUUUUAGGUGUGUUGUGGCCUAAAGGUUUUUUUAAAAGUAUUUUUCAAAUGAUUUUGCUAUUGCUAUAUCAGACCUUAUUUUUAAAAUACUUUUAUAGGCAUUACAUGUGGCACCUUUUAAAUUAUUCAUGUGAAUCUUGUUUAAUUAUUGAAGUUGACAAACUGAUUUUAAAUGUGUGAUGCAUACUGGUUUGCUUGGCUUGCAUUCCGAAAUAUUAAAGGAUUAAACAAA